ACGUUAUAAAGUUGGGGAUUAGAAGCUCAAUAAGUUGUAGCUGUAGUUACAGACAGUGGUGCGAAUAUGAAAAAGCUAUAGUUGACGAAUUUGGUGCAAAAAAACAUCUACCAUGUGUUGCCCACACCACAAAUCUUGUAGUUGAAAAAGCUAUUGACAAAACACAAGAGAUUAGCAAGACAGGUGUUAAAAGUGGUGGAGUACCAGUAUUACUAUUUAAAGCUCGUGAGAUAGUAAAAUAUUUUAAAAAGAGCACUAAGGCCUGUGAUUUUCUAAGAAAUAGUCAAAGAGUUGAAGGUAAAAAAGAUGGGCAAUUUCUCAAACCUUUACUUGACGUCAAAACCAAAUGGAAUAGUUCAUUUUAUAUGAUAGAGAGAUUUGUUCUGCUAGCUAGUCAUUUUUCACAAGUUCUCUUAACUAAAAGUGGUAAAACUAGAGAUAUACCAAACAUGGUUACAAGUUCAGAACUUAGAUGUAUUGAAGAUAUCUGUUCUUUAUUGAGACCUAUUGAGCAAUUAACAAGAAAGUUGUCCACAGAAAAGUUUAUUAUGUCAAGUAAGGUAAUAACUAUAAUAUUCUAUACAAAAAAUGAAAUUGUUAAACAAGACCCUACUUUUGCCAUAGCUAAAAAUUUUAAAUUGAAAAUAAUCGAAGAGUUGGACUACAGAUUUGAAUCGUUAGAUCAAUCAACUAUACAAUCAAUAUGCACUAUUCUAGAUCCUAGAUUUAAAGAUAUGCAUUUCAAAAGUCCUCUGGUUAAUUCAAAAGUUCAAGAUAAAUUAGUACAAAUGAUGGAUUAAGACACCAAUUUUGAUGAUUAAAUAAUAUCUUUGACCGAAACAGAUGUAGCUGUCAGAGAAAGUAAAAAUUAUGACUUAUGGGGCUUGCAUAGAACACUUGAACAAGAACACAAAAACUAAAGGACUCAUAUGAAAACAUCGAGAGAAGAAUUUAAGAGUUACUUACAUCAAAGUGUUAUUGGAUUGAACGAAAAUCCUUUAGAUGAGCGGGAAAGUACUAACUGUUUAUCCCAAACUGUAUAAACUUGCACAGAAAUUUUUAAUAAUACCUAGAACAUCAGUACCUUCAGAGAGACUAUUUAGUAAAGCUGGGACGACAAAUAGUCAGACAAGAAACAGUCUAACUGGAAGUAAAUUAAGCAAAUUACUUUUUUUAGUCAUUAGAUUUAAAACAUUUUUGUUAAACCUAUUAUUUUAAACUUUUUUUAAACAAUGAAUUAUACUAUGAUGAAUAUAAUAUUA